CUUUGAAAGUUGUGUCUUUCUCAUUAGCUCUCACUAUCAAUAUAUAGUGGAGGUUCCAAGGGUUUACAACAAAGGAGAGUAUCUACACAUUUAUUACAUAUUGACCACAAAUAUGUAGACUUGGUCAAAGCUCAUAAAUGCUCCGGUUGAAUGAGUCUUCAUCUUGACUAGUCUUGGUCGGAUGUAGACGGACCGGAGACGGGUGUAGACGGACCGGGUGUAGACGGAUCGGAUAGUCGGGUCAGAUGUAAACCUCCCUGAUGGUUAAUGGCAAUCCACGUAUCCAUAUCAUGGACUUAUAACACUAAUCACUUUCUUUCUUUCUUUUUUCUCGUCUUUUAGCUCAAAAGAAGCGAAGAAAUCGAGAGAGAGAGAGAGAGAGAAUAACAGAGAUCCAUGGAAGGUCUUCAAAGAUCAACCAUCUCCUUCCGCCGUCAGGGAUCUUCCGGCAUAGUCUGGGACGACCGUGUCAUCGCCGAACUUAACAAACAGGCCAACGAGCAGAAAGAAGAAAGUCAACGCGACGAACAGCCUAAGCCGCUGUCGGAAACCUCGGAGCUCCCGAAACAGAACCCCAGCGAUGAGAAAGACAAGCUCAGGCCGAUCAAAACCGGUGUUGCAACAGUCGAGAUGUGUCGAUUUAACGGCAGAGGAGCCGCACGACACCACAGAACAACCGGAAGAGUGUCUCCUGCGGUGGAGCCGCCGUCUCCGAGGUUGUCGACAUGCGGUUGCUGCUCUGCGUUUGGGAAGAAACCGCCGGGGAAGAAGAAUAAUCAGAGGAAAAGGCCACCGAAGCGCAGAUCGAGGUAGGCAUGCAAAUUAAAGAGAUAUGAUGAUAUAUAGUAAUACUGUCUUUGAUCUUCUUCUUUUUUUUUUGUAUUUCUCUGUGUGGCUCUCUGAUACAAUCUUUAUUUCUCUUCUGGAUUUCCUCCGGUUAAGCUUUAUAGAUUGUGAUACUUAUGAUUUUUUCUGGGUGAUUUGUAAAUUAGCUAUCAAGAUAUAAUUUCUGUAUAAAUCAAACCGACUUUCCGACA